AUGUCCACUUUUGAACCUGUGAACCCUAAGCCGUUCCUAAAGACACUUAUUGAUAAGAAGGUGAUAGUUAGACUUAAAUGGAAUCAAACAGAGUACUCGGGAAUAUUAGUGUCUACAGAUAACUACAUGAACUUACACUUGGAACAAUCACACGAGAUAAUACGUGAUUCCGACGGUAAUAAGACGGCAGAAGAGCCAUUAGGUGAGAUUUUCAUCAGAUGUAACAAUGUUUUAUUCAUACGGGAAGACACCACGAUGAAGGAAGUAGAAAUGGAAUAA